AUGGUUCGCUUCUCUAAGUCCUCUGCUCAUCGCCUUCUAUACGCACUAUGCUCCUCCUCCUCCAUCACAGUCUCUCCAUCCCCAACCGAUUUCCUCAUCGGCGGCGCUUUCCACCUCCGACACUUCUCAGCCGGAAACGUGGCCCGUGCCAAGGCAGCGUCAAUUAACAAGGAGCCUUGGUGGAUGGAGUCAAUGGAAAUGAUUCGCAACAUCGGUAUCUCAGCUCACAUCGAUUCCGGGAAGACGACUUUGACGGAGCGAGUACUGUUCUACACUGGUCGGAUCCACGAAAUCCACGAGGUGAGAGGGAAGGAUGGCGUGGGUGCUAAGAUGGAUUCCAUGGCGUUGGAGAGAGAGAAGGGAAUCACCAUUCAGUCUGCUGCUACUCAUUGCACUUGGAAGGACUAUAAGAUCAACAUAAUUGACACACCUGGUCAUGUUGAUUUCACCAUUGAGGUUGAGAGGGCUUUGCGUGUCCUUGAUGGUGCCAUUCUUGUGUUUUGUAGUGUUGGUGGGGUGCAAAGUCAGUCCAUUACUGUUGAUCGGCAAAUGAGAAGAUAUGAGGUUCCAAGACUUGCAUUUAUUAACAAGCUUGAUCGAAUGGGAGCAGAUCCAUGGAAAGUAAUAAAUCAGGCUAGAUCUAAGCUUCGGCAUCAUAAUGCUGCAGUUCAAGUUCCAAUUGGUUUGGAAGAUGAUUUUAAGGGACUUGUUGAUCUUGUGAAGCUAAAGGCCUAUUAUUUUCAUGGUUCAAAUGGCGAAAAAAUUGUCAUUGAAGAUGUGCCUUCAGAUAUGGAAGCCUUGGUGGCUGAAAAACGACGCGAACUAAUAGAAACCGUGUCAGAGGUUGAUGAUAUACUUGCUGAAGCGUUUCUUAGUGAUGAAGCCAUUUCAGAUGCUGAUCUUGAGGGAGCAAUUCGUAGGGCUACCAUAGCACAAAAAUUUAUACCGGUAUUCAUGGGUAGUGCUUUCAAAAACAAGGGAGUACAGUCACUUCUGGACGGAGUACUUAGUUAUUUGCCAUGUCCAAUUGAAGUCAGUAAUAAUGCUCUUGACCAAUCUAAGAAUGAGGAGAAGAUUGAGCUGACUGGAAGUCCUGAUGGGCCCCUUGUAGCAUUGGCUUUCAAAUUGGAGGAAAAUAAGUUUGGUCAGUUAUCAUAUCUAAGAAUUUAUGAGGGCGUCAUUCGGAAGGGGGAUUUUGUGACUAAUGUUAACUCUGGCAAGAAGACCAAGAUUUCUCGCUUGGGUCGGAUGCAUUCUAAUGAGUUGCAGGAUAUUCAGGAGGCCCAUGCUGGCGAAAUAAUUGCUGUAUUUGGUGUUGAUUGUGCAUCAGGAGAUACUUUUACUGAUGGGUCGGUUAAAUACACAAUGACUUCUAUGAAUGUUCCUGAACCCGUGAUGUCUUUAGCUGUACAGCCUGUCUCAAAAGAUUCUGGAGGGCAAUUUUCAAAAGCUUUGAACCGCUUCCAAAGAGAGGAUCCUACUUUCCGUGUUGGCUUGGACCCAGAGAGUGGACAGACAAUCAUUUCUGGAAUGGGAGAACUGCACUUAGAUAUCUAUGUUGAACGCAUUAGGAGGGAAUACAAGGUUGAUGCUACAGUUGGAAAGCCCCGUGUAAACUUCAGAGAAACUGUUACUCAGCGUGCUGAUUUUGAUUAUUUACAUAAGAAGCAAUCUGGAGGGCAAGGACAAUAUGGACGGGUGAUUGGGUAUAUUGAACCACUUCCUACUGAGUCGGGAACUAAGUUUGAAUUUGAAAACAUGCUUGUUGGCCAAGCUGUUCCAUCAAAUUUUAUCCCUGCAAUUGAGAAAGGUUUUAAAGAAGCUGCCAACUCUGGUGCCUUAAUUGGACAUCCAGUUGAAAAUCUCCGAGUUGUCUUGACAGAUGGUGCUGCUCAUGCUGUUGAUUCCAGUGAACUUGCCUUUAAGAUGGCUUCUAUCUAUGCUUUCAGACAGUGUUACGCAGCUUCCAGACCAGUUAUAUUAGAACCUGUUAUGCUUGUUGAGCUGAAAGUACCAACAGAAUUUCAAGGAGCUGUUGCUGGUGACCUCAACAAGAGAAAAGGUCUGAUUGUUGGCAAUGAUCAGGACGGGGAUGAUUCUGUCCUUACAGCUCAUGUCCCUCUUAACAAUAUGUUUGGGUAUUCUACCGCUCUUCGUUCUAUGACACAGGGAAAGGGUGAAUUCACAAUGGAAUAUAAGCAACAUUCUCCGGUUUCUCAUGAUGUACAGACCCAAUUGAUAAACGCAUACAAGGGCACUCAGGCGGCUGAAUGA